CGGCGGUGGAGGUAGAAGUGGAUACGAUGGUGGUGGUGACGAUGGUAGUGGUGGCGGCGCGGAUGCUGCGCAAGCAGGGGUGAGCGAAAACGAGCCAGCCUGGCGCGGCCGCCGACUAGCAAGCCGAACAAGCGGAGCAAGGGAGAGCGCGCGCGAGACCACCGGGCUUGGCGAGCCACCCCCCUUUUCGCUAUCAACCCCAUCGUCCCCCGAGCGCCUACGCCACUCUUUACCCCGCGUCAUCCCCUCGUUCACCACCUCGCCACCACCUUCUCCGCCUCUCUCCUCACUGCCUCCUCUUUCCACCGCCGCUGCCGUCACCGCCGCAUCCUAUAUUCGCUCCUACUCCUUCUCCGACGCGUUUUCGGCCGCCCCGUUCGGUCCGUUCUACUACUGCGUUUGUUCGUUCGUUCGUUCUCGUUCGUACGUACGUUCGUGUAUCCCUGGCCGACAGAGCUCGUGCAGAGUGCUCGCUAACGUCUGCGAAGCCCGUGUCGCUCGUCGCGCACGACUUCCUACGGCGAAUAUAUAGCUCGCUGUCGUCGUGCGCGAGCGUGCUCCUUUUUACUCUGAAAAUCGCACCACCCCGAAGCUUUCGCAGCGCCUCAAACAGACCUCCGUUAACCUACCCUCGCCCUUCGUUCUUUUCCGUCGCUUAUAGCUAGCCGGUUGGUCAAGAAAAAAAAAAAAGAGGUACCCGGUUUGUCUGGGUAAUAGUGGCGAGAAAAAAGGGGUCGUUUACAAACGCGGAACCCCUCGCUCGCUCACUCGCGUCAUCCAAUCGUGCUCGAUCUUCGCGCGAGAGAUACAUUACACGCGCGUCAUGCUACGCGUUUGUCACCGGUGAGGGAGGAAGUCGUGUGUUGUGACACAGCCGCGCUGCUGGAUCAGUGCCACGCGAGAAGACGACGCCAAUGACAAUGUCCGUGCAAUCGACGUGGAAAACGGCGGCGAUGACGACGGCGACGAUGACAGUGUCCGACGCGAAAAGCGACGACGGUGACGGGAAAUUGUGCGCGCAGUGAUUCGAGGAAGGAAUCCCGCUCCACGACUACCGGAAACUAGUACUGCGUUGCGUGUGAAUGCGUGCCUGCCCCGCAUACGUGCGUGCGCGCGCGCGCUCGCUCCAGAUCACCAAAGCAGACACGCGUGCGGCGCGUCGCGCGUACUCGACGACGGGCGCCGCUCGUCGUCGUCGAGAAACCAACUCCGGUUCUUCUUGGUACCACCUAAGUGAGGCGUUCAACGUGGCCGAUCCUUGGACAUGGUGAGGGGGCAUGUUGGUGUGUCGGCGGUUGCUGCUGAUCGCAGCCGCGAUCGCGGCUUCGAUCGAGGUUGGCUCGGCUAGUUACCACUCUCUCGGCAUCUCGUCGUCGGAUUACUCCGGAUACCCGAGCGGAUACGCGGUUUACUCCGGCGCGACGUCACCCGAGUCCUCGUCGUCGUCGAGCUCGUCGACGUCCAGCCCGACAUCGGAGACCGCCGGCAGCAACGGCGAACAGCUCUGCCGACCGUCCGAGUUCCAAUGCGGCUCAAGCGGACAUUGCGUCGCGCAGGACAAGUACUGCGACGGCGAAAAUGACUGCGACGACAAGUCCGACGAGCCGAGAUAUUGCACUCCUUGCAAUCGGACGUUGUACGGUGACGUCGGUCGGACCUACAGAGUGGAGAUACGCCGGCCGAGGGAGGAUCGACUGCCAUUCCUGUGUCAUCUCAACUUCACUGCCGCCGGAUCUGAUCUCGGGGAUUUAGUCCAGUUAACUUUUGAUACCUUCACGGUCGGCCGCUUUCUAUCCUUUACGUCGGAAGGAUGUCCAGAUGGUUUCAUGACUAUUCGCGAGGAAGGUCGUCCUGCAACGGGAGGACAAUGGUGCGGCAGCGCGUGGGGCUACACCGUCUAUUACAGCGAAACUCCUUCCAUCAAUCUGACUUUAUAUUUACUACGUUUAUCAGAGCAGGGAAUCGGCUACAACUUCGACUUCAAGCUGUCGUACAAGUUCCUGAGAAGAAGCGAGGCGCAUCUCAGAUACGGGAACAGCAGUAUGUCCACAUGGCGCGGCGAGCUGGUGAACGGCACGUAUUGCGAUCGUGUCCUCACCAAAUGCGAUACUAGAGCUUGCCGACUGCAGUCCCCGAAUUAUCCCGGAGUUUACCCCAGGAAUGUCACUUGCUACUAUCGGGUGGAGCAAAACCGCGCGCCACUGGGUCAUCGAGCUUUACUUGCCGUUAGUCAACGAAACAGUCACAAGAUACACAUUAAGGACCAAGUCGUCAAGUACGACAGAAGUCAACGAGUGCUUAGAGUGUGGGAUCAGUGCAACGUCGUGCAAGAUUACUUGACGGUAUAUGACGGAGGUUCAACCUCAGAUCGAGUGCUCGUGAGACUGUGCGGAGGAGACGCGGUUCCCGACAUCGUCAGUAGUCACAAUACGAUGCUGUUGGAGUUUCAUACAUCCCCGUACGACAAUCCGUUUCAUCCGGUUCCAUUGUCUUUUCUGCCAGGAUUUGAACUCGAAGUUCAGGUGAUCUUUGUCGAUGAAAAAUCUCGAAGUUUUGUGAAGGAAAAUGAAAACUGCGAUUUUUAUAUAUCCGGGGACGAGAACUCGUCGGGUAUUCUGGAAAAUCCGAAACAUUCUUUACCGCCAAACACCACCUGCCGUUAUCACUUCCAAGGAAAACUCAAUGAGAUCGUUUGGUUAUCGUUUGUUAAAUAUUACGCCGCCAGCGUGGAAGCGGCUGCAAAUAUCGAUACUACCGCUGACUGUAACGCAAAGCUUCUGAUAUGGGAUGGCGAUAUCACUGUGGACAAACUCGCUUCUAGUCGAAAAAAUGUUACACUGAUGGGACAGUUCUGUAAGGAUGACAUACCGCGGUUGUGCGACCACAGUCUGCUGCGCAACAGUAGCCGUCACACGCGACCGUGUAGUCUAGCGGAGAGUUACGUGUCGACCGGCCGCGACCUCACCCUGGAACAUAUAUUGCGCCAGGGUAGUGCUCUCUAUCCGAUAAGUUUCGUGCUACGUUACGAGUUCGUGCACGAAGCCAUUUCGUGCAACCACGUGUUCACCUCGACGUCGUCGACCUCAUCCACGUCUUCCACAUCGUCUCUAUCAUCAUCUUCUUCCUCCUCUUCCUUAUCUAAUGCCGGCAAAUUUGCAUCCCCGAAGAGCGUUUUCUUCUACGGUCGCGGCGGGGCUCAGAAUUUGAGCUGCGUAUAUAAAUUCGAGGCCGACCCCGAUCACAGGAUAGAGCUGUCCUUUGUUAGGGCGUCCUUCGGCGGCAAGAGCUGCGCGUCUUACGUGGACCCUUUGGUGAACCGAUGGACGUGCGAUCGACGCAUGACGGACGUUAAGAAGUUUGGCAUAGCGAAUCUUGUUGUCGCGGAAUAUCCGUGGCAAGGAGUCGAACUUGUUCGCGAUUGUCUGUGCUCAAACGUGAGCGAGAGAAUCAUCGUGCGGACUCUGUCAUCGAACAUGGUGGAAGUCAGGUUCACCGUCACGCUCAUGAAUGUCACUCAGGAUUACCGAGAUUUCUUCUUCGAGGGAGAAUAUCGCUUUGUUCCCGUGGGCGCUGAGUCGAGCGAGCACGGAUGUUCAACGAGACUCGAGGAGCGACGAUUGCGCGGCACCAGCGGCGAGAUCUCCCUCAGGAGCCCGCUGCCGCGGGUGAUUCCCGGCGUGGCCGCGGUGGAGGAGAUCCUGACGAAUACGGAGGAUCUCACGGCGACGCAGUGCGUUAACGAGCCGUGGUUGAUCGAGCCCGAAGACGCGCGCAUCAACUUCCUGUAUUUGAGAACCGCUGGCUACAGCAUCACCCUGGAUAACGUUGAGGAUUGCAUGACUUUGAACAGAAUCGUCGUCUAUUCGGCCGCGGAUACAAAGGAGCGCAGCGUGAUCUGUCCAGAGGGUGGCGUCGACACGGCCAGGACCGUCGACUUCUUUUCCGGUGGCUGGAAUUACAGCGCCGUGAACGCGAGUGUGGCGAUGGCGCAGCAUUCCCGUAGCUUUGUUGUGGAGUUCCUUCAACGGGAGCCUGGUUUCUACGCCGUUACAUGGAUCGCGAUCUCCAAACGUUCACCAACCACACCCAAUCUCGGCGCCAACGCGUUCACCAUAUUACCCGCGGAAGAUUGUCCCUACAGAUGUCCAGAGAUCCAGGCGUGUAUCAGUUCGGUUUUGUGGUGCGACGGCGUACGCCAUUGUCCUUCGGGCUUCGACGAGGAAGAGGCCAAUUGCUCCUACCGUUUUGGGGUUACGCUGCUCUACGUCGCGGUAGGCGCCGGUGCCCUGGGUAUAUUUCUGAUCCUCUUACUGGCCACCGGUUGCCUCAAGUACUGCCUCUAUCGACACAAGGCGCGCAAAAAGAAGAAAAACGUCGCCUUGAAUGUCAAUCAUCUUCACGUGAAUCACACCCACCACAAUAACGGCUUGACCGGGAGCCGGCUGAGCGGACGCUACAACCUAGCCACGCCCCAGGAGAUGUACCUGGAGAAUUAUGGGAAGGACAGUAUUUGUUGACAAUACGCCAUUGCCAAUAUCGAGACCACCGUGUGAAUAGUCAUGAUUUUUAAAUGCCUACCUCGCUCUGGCCCCAUCCCUUCCCUUACCUGUUUCUGCUACCCAUGAAGAAACGGACCGGAGUGUACGGCAGCCAGACACUCCCAUCCCAAAAGCACACACAUUACACGCGCACAUGCAUACACACACACACAUACAUAUUAUACAUACUCUCGCAGUAAUCGUAUGAAAUCCCGUAGAAUAUCCAAAGCACAUAGAAGCGAGCGCACGAGAUGAAGCACUCAGUUGGUGGCAUCAGAUAAUUCCAUCACCGAGUUUCUAUUCCUUCAAUCGAAUCUCAUAACGAUUGGUCUGCUUUGAAUAAGCGGAUUACGGUUUGACUCAUUAAAUCAGAAUGGAUGACAAUCCGCUUGUCGCAUAAGACUGGAUGGUAAGAAGCUCAUAAUCCUAACGAGCCGAUGAGAGGAAGAUGUACAUGCACCUCUCGUACGCUCGUAUAUAUGGCAUUUACAAUAACACCGUAGUAUCAUGGUAGAUUUAGAUAUACACACGAUUUAAGAGUAAAAAGAUACGCGCGAGUGGACGAAGAGCAGUGAAAAAUUGGCGUUUAUACACGCACAUAUACAAUGCUUCAAAAUAAGAUAUGCUGUUUUCGUUGAGUGCACUUUCGGUCGGUUAUCGGAUGAACGUCAUAAACACAAUGUCUACGAUGCGACUACGACGAUAAAAGUAACGAGAUGAAGAUGCGAGCGCUAAAAUGCGAAAGAAGCGUUUCACAGAUAGUUUUUGUGCGAAUGACGAUGCGAUCGAGAGAGGAUAGGAUGUUAAAAGUUAUGAAUGCGUCACGCGAGUGAUGUAUUCGCAGCAUUAAAUUGGGAAAAGAUUGGGCAUAUUCCUGAUCGUUCCCGAUUGUGUGUGUUCCGAGACGACACUCGUGCUUAUCACUAAUUUCGUUCUUCAGAUCAACGAGAUUCAUGAGAAAAACUGAUGAAAAGUUAACCGCGAUUAAGAUACAUUCAUUGAUGCUCACGCACAGAGUCUAUCCUGACGAAUCCGUUAUAACCUGAUGCACUUGUCUAGAUUUUAUUCAUUCGUUGAUGAAACUAGAGACACCAUUUGUCAAACUAAUCGCAGACUUGAAUACAUUACACUGAUCCAAAGUGACUACAUAAAGCUGUUUCUUUUUUAUUAUUAAAAGAUACUGAUUAUUAAAUUAUGAUAACACAUCAGGAUUUAAUUGAAAUUUCAAGUUCAUCGUGCAUUCGCAAAUCUGAUAGUCAACGUAACAUCUUCAGGGCCAAAUUGUUGGCUCUAAUGAAUAUUAUAAAAAGUCUAAAUAAAUUUAAGCGGAUCCUCAUUUUAUCAAUAAGUGCUCUUUGUAAUCUUAACCGUUAUCGCAAACAGUGAUUCUUACAUGUUAUUUGCAUAUUCUAUUAUAUUAUUGUACAAUAUAUUAAUGCUCAUUGCACUGUGUCAAUAGUUUACGUAUUAAGCAAUGAUUUAGUUUUCGUUUCACUAUGAUUUUAUUCUACAUCAAUUCAACGAUCAUUUUUUGUAUCCUUGUAUCCGCGAUUUUCGACUAUCUAAACUUUAUAGGUGAUUUAUGGAAGCCAGCAUGAAAUACGUAGAUAGUUCACUUGCAUUAAUCUAAUAGGUUUGAUAUCGAUGCGUGGCUCGAACGUAGAUAUCCAUGUGUAACUAAUUGGAUAUCGAAGGAGAGCAUGUACUCCGUAAUUCUGUUGCGAACGCAACAGGAAUUAAGCAAACGAAAUGAUUAAGCGAACAAUGGACGCGAUCUCCACGCGUUAGCCUAUUAUAGACACUGUAUGGUAAAGCGCGUUGAAAUUAAACGUACGUCUGUAUGCUGUGAUAGAAGUAAGCGUAUCAACAAUCGGAAAUAAAUCUCUCGCGUGAACUCAUGUUCGCAUAUACGCAUCCUCGAAACCAUCAUCGAAGAUGAAUCGCGAUCCUUCGAAUGUGCGAUCUUCCUUGACGUCGAUAUCUUAACGCGGUCCAGCGUGUAACUUCUAGAUCAUUAAUCGUUCAAAAAAAGAUAUACGUGGUCCAAACUCGAGUAAUAAGUAAAAAGUUAAUUGAAGAGUUUAUAGUGAGCCAUUGGACGGAAUAGCGGUAUAAGUUGACAAAAAUAAAAGUUUGGGACGUAAAAAUUAAAGUGAAAUAAAACUUUAUAUAUAUAUAUAUAUAUAUAUAUAUAUAUAUAUAUAUAUAUAUAUAUAGGAUGUCCGGCGUCAAUCGUAUCACUCGUCGUAUGCAGAUGAAGCAGAUAAAACUGAGGAGAAAAGUCCUGUACCAUUUUUUUUAUAACACUUAAUAAGAGAGUUAUUAUUGAGUAAAGUCUGGCCAAUCAUCGCCGAUCUGUAGCCAGACGCAUGUCAGUGAGACACUGUAAACAGCUGAGCGUUCACGCACACAUGCUAGACGCGCGGCUUAUUGACGUGCGUCCAGCUAAAGGUCGGCGCUGAAUUGCCAGACUUUACUCAAUAAUAACUCUUUUAUUAAACGUUAUCGAAAAAAAUGGUACAGGACUUUUCUUCUCAGUUUUAUCUGCUCUACCUGCACAUGACGGCUGGUGCAAUUGACGCCGGACAUCCUGUAUAUAUAUAUAUAUAUAUUUAUUUAUUACUUUUUUUUUAGAAAAAUAUCUCGAGAUGAAGCAAUUGGAUUUUAUAGAUAUCUUGUAAACUUUUCUUGUCUAUAUCAAAGUGGAGAAAAAAAUUGCUUACACCACUGUUUUGAACAAUGGCUUGUAUAUUGCACAAUUUUAUAUAAAAACGGCCGUUAAAUUAGAAUUUAUUACGAUCGCGAUUCUAAGACAUUUUCUAACAAGUUAAUUGUGAUAUUUUUGUACAUCUUUGCAAAACUCAUAUACAUAGACUCCGUGUCACAAAGUUUGAAAAUUCUUACGGAGACGCUCUGGUCGCGUUAAGAUACCUUUCGCCAGUCUCAUGAAUUGCUCCGUGAAUAAUUCACUACCUAGAUAAGACAUCGUCUAUCUACACGAAUACUGCCACAGUUAUAUAUUAUUUAUUCAUAAAGUUUUAUAAGUCUCUUUCUACCCGAAUACGAAAAACUGUUCGAGUAUAUGACACUCUAUAUACUAUAAAGACAUGGAAUCCGAAAGUGAGUAACGUUCUAGCGAAUAACGUAGCGUGCAUCAGAAGCGAAACUGUGCACACGCCAAGCUCCUCGAUGUGUUAACCGCGCGAUUGCAAUAUUAAAGACAUGUUAAAAAUUUACUCUAACAUAUCGAAAGUUCGAAAUUAAUUUAAGCGCGCCUCCAUCUAUUACUAUUGCCUAGCGAGACUCAAGUAGCGAUCGUUUUCAUGAAUGACGAGAGACGAUCUCUUUUCAAAAAGAAAUUUCUCCCAAUUAUCCUUUUUUUUUGUACAAAGUCGUUCCGUUAAAAAAAAAAGAGACACAUUUCUCUUGAAAUUUUUGAUAUAUCCACGAGUCGGUAGAGUUUCUCACAUCUGUUUCUAUAAAUAAAUAAACGCAUAAGUCCCUCGACGAUGUAGAAAUCGACGUAAAUACAUCAAGUGGGACGCAUCGUUUUACGGGGGACGACGAUUUAUAUUAGCAGUAUCUUUCCACAGGCACGAAAUGUCGAUGUGACCCGGCCAUUAAAAAGCAAACACGGAAAGUCGUUCCUGUCUUCGUGCUAUAACUUCGAGCGAAUCAGUAUGGAAUAUAAUUUUUUCGACGGAUAAAAGUCUAAAUCGUGGAGCGUGCUCGUCACAUUAUGAGAUUUAUAUGACUCGAUAUUGACAUGACUCGACUCCACGUCUCGCGCUCAAUCGAGGAAAAGCAUCCUCCGAUAACGAAAAUAUAGUAAUAUGCAUGUAUGUAAGAACGUACACGAAAAAAAAAAAAAAUGCCGUAGCACAAACUGGCUCGCACACACGUAGCUAAAAAAAAAGUGAAUGGUAAAGAGGUUUUGAAUCAAAGAGGCCUUGAUUCAACGACGUUUCUAAGCAAGUAUUACGCGUUACACGAUGUAUUGUAAUCCCGUGUUUAUAAUUUUAAUAAAAUACCAUCGCGUUAAAGAAAUUCAGCAGAACAGUAGUCGGGAGUACGUUAUUAAUUCAUCAUUUUUUCGUUUUCUAAAUGAGUUUUCUUUAGAGAAAGAGAGAGAAAGAGAGAGAGAGAGAGAGAGAGAG